AUGGAGUCGCAACUUGCCACUUCGGACAUGGCGCCCUCGCAUGACGACAUGAAGCGCAUCAUCGCAGACAAAGCAAGGGAGCUGUUUAUUGUCUGCGACAAGGAGGAGAAGGGUUUCGUCUGCCGGCGCGACAUGCAGCGGUUGGACGGGGAGCUGCCCCUCUCACCCGAGCAACUUGAAGAAGUCUUUGACUCACUCGACGAUGACGGAAAUGGAUUCUUGACUCUUGAGGAGUUCACGGACGGCUUUGGAGGGUUCCUCGGUUUGAACCUUGACCCCGACAUGGAGGAAGAGAGCAACAAAGCGGAGAAGGACAUCUUUGAAGACGACAAACUUGACGACGAUGUCUUGGAGACGGAUUACUUCAGAGUCAUGGAAACGCUGGGAGCAUCGGGCGUAUUCGAUGAGCAAGUCGAGGUCAAGGACCUUUGGAAGAACUUGCGCCGAAAUGAGCCGGAAUUACUAGGAAACUUUGAAGAUUUCAUCCAGAAAGUCUGCAUGGACAUGCACAAGGCUCAGCUGACUACCGGAGAACUGGAAAACGCUCUCAAAUCACGAGGCAGCGCGCACGAACUUGAGGUGAGGAGGCUGUAUGAAGAAAUGGAGCUGCAGAUCCGAGCUGAGAGAGAUAGAAUCCUACACGAGGAGAAGGAAAAAGAGAAGAGAGUCCGGGAGGAGUUGACGUCGUUGAUGAGAAGCAAAGACGAGCAGCUGCAAGAACUCUCCAAACGACAAAUGGAGCUUGAGACCAAUUUGAAGAGGCUGAGUGACAUGGAAGACGAUUUCAAACAGGAAAAUGAAAUGUUGCAGAAGACCAAUUACGAGCUGAGGACAAAGUUAGACGGUUCAUUGAUGGAUCUGGACGAAUCCAAGACGUAUCUGAAAGACAUCCAAGUCAGCAUGAAGAAGGAGAAAAGAGACAGAGCACAUGCUGCACUGAAGGUGACCGAGAACAUCAUGGAGGAACGAGAGAGUUUGGUCAAACAGCUGAACCUGCUGCGGACGAUGAAUAAGAAACUACAAGAUGAGAAAGACGAGUUUGAAUCCCGCCUCCGAGUUAAAGAGACACCAAGCGAAAGCCCAAGCCAAGGCGCGCAGUUGGUCAAGCAAGGAUCGGUCCUAGCCCCCUAUGUGUCACCAGCGAGGGGUAGGAUUUCAGGGCAGUCGGGGCAAGACGGCGUCGAUGACGAGGAGGAAAGAUACAUCAUCCACGAAGAAGACGAAGUGGAAGUGGACGACGCCGUUUAUCACAACGGCCACGGCACGCCGCUGCACAGCGUGAUCAACGGCGGGCAGUUUGCCAACGGGGAGGGUGGGGAACGCAUGGACCUGGUCAUGGGGCACAAAUGGACCAAUGAGACGACACAAGGGGCUGUUGACGAGAUGGACGGGGCUGUUAUCAAACGCAGCGCCCAGCAGGUGUACUCAUCGGCUCCGGAGACCAAGUUAGGUUCUCCAGAUGCAAUGGAGAAUGGUGUUGGAGGUGGGUAUAAGCCCAGCGGUUUGAGGGAGGAACCGGUGGGCUGUCACUCAGCCAAUGGUGCUAUGACAGAGGCAGCUAGGAUUGCGGGCACACCCAAGGGCCCAGAACGACUCUUCAAAGUGGUCUUCGUCGGCGAUUCAGGAGUUGGCAAGACAAGUUUCAUUCAUCGGUUCUGUCAUGAUGACUUCAGGUCGACAUUCAGUGCAACUAUCGGAGUUGACUUCCAAGUCAAGACGAUGGUCAUCAACGACUCCUUGAUCGCCCUGCAGCUGUGGGACACAGCGGGGCAGGAACGGUUCCGUAGCAUCACACGGCAUUACUUCCGCAAAGCCGACGGCAUCAUCAUCAUGUACGACGUCAACUCGGAGAAUUCCUUCAUCAACGUCCGGAACUGGAUGAACAGCGUUGUGGAAUCAACAAGUGAGAGUGUGGUGCGUAUGAUGAUAGGCAACAAGACUGACAUGUCCAAAGACGGGGAAUCAGACUGCAGACAGAUCAAAGAGGAGGUCGGCAAAAGCCUGGCUGAGUCCUACGGAUGCCUUUUCUACGAGGCGAGCGCCAAAAGCGGGCAGAAUGUGAAAGAAGCCUUCCACACUAUGGCGACCAUCCUCCAAGAGCGAGAAGAUGAAGACAUUGAGAAAGCCCUGCACCUGACAGAUGAGACUCAAGAAAAGGGAUGCUGCAAGUAAAAUUUGAUGUAAAAGAAAGACAAAGUGGUCAUGAACGAUUUUUGGAUGCGCAGUACUAUGCUCUUACAAAAUCCAGAGAUUGGACUGUCAGUUUCAGGCAAAGGUUAUUACCAAGUUGGUGUUGGGGUUUAUUGGAAGGGCAAGAAGAAAAAACGUUGCAGCGAUUAAAUCUGUCUCCUUCAAAAAAUUUAUGUAAGUGUCUUGUUUUUCAUUCCAAAUAUUUGAGGGUUGUUUUUUUAAUGGGUUUUUGAUGAACAUUCCUUCACUUUGCAAUGUUAUGUAUUACAAAACUUUAUAAAAAAAAUGCCGUUUGUCAUAUUUUUAAUGCCUUUCAAAAUCCAUUUUCGCACAUUUAUCUGGAGUAUGUGUGAUGGGAAUUUAUAUUUUAUUCAAAUUUAUGCUGACGCGUAAUUGCAGCAAGACAAAGUUGCUGCACUUUUGUGUGACUUUGCGUGUGUUUGGCGCAUUUGCUUCAAAUGCUCCGGCCUUUUGUUGUUUUAGGUCCGAUGAAUUACAUGUAUUCCGGAAUGUGUGUAUACAUUUUUGAAAACGGUUUUCCAAUUGUAUAAAACUAUAUGUAUAUUUUUUUCUUGGGAGUAGUCUUCAUUGAAAGUUCAUUGUACAUAUUAUAGACUUUACUGUUUCUAAAUUUCUGGCCUCUACAUAUACAUGUAGAUGGUUUAUCGAAAGCCAAAAUUGGAUUCGUACCCAAAAAUAGACAUAGAUGGUAUGGAAUCGGUGGCCUUAAAGGCUGUAAUUUUAAGAAAUGAACGGAUUUGGGGGUUGGUAUUUUAUUGCAAAUACUGUUACACUGGCCUGUUUGAAGUUUUAGAUGCUGGAAAGCCAAGACGAAAAUGCUUUUCUUGUAGUCUGGUUCCCUGACCCUUACUCCAGACGUAGGGAUUAAGCUAUAGACGUCGGGGGAAUUGACAAAAUAUUGUUGGCAGUUAAUAUUUUUUUUUCAGUUUCAUUGUUUUCGCAAAAAUGCUUUAGGCUUAGCGAGCUGAGUUGCCAUUUUUUACACACACUUGCCUCAACUGUGCCAGUUAUAAUUACGAUCUUCCAAACCAGUGUGCUUCCAUUGAGAAAAUGUAUGACUUCCAAUUUUUUUAUUCCGCAUAAAUUUUGAUUUGCCAUUAAUUAAAAGGUAAGUGUGUUUUGGGUUUCACAUUUUAUUUUUGCUCAUGGUUUGUGUUUUCAGGUUGUUUUCAAGAGUUUGUUCUCACUUUUAAAAAAACCUGCAGAAUUUAGAAUAGAUUUUGAAAAGGCCUGUGCAACUAGCCUAUGUGCAAACAAAUCUCCAUUUAGCACCAUUUUUGAAUUCUUACAUGUAUUCCAUCAAGCAUCUACUGUAAAGGUUAUGUGACAUUUCUCUAUAUCCAUUUUCAAGAUGUUAAAACAAUUUCACAAUAUGCGGAAAAUUUCUUUCUAAAAAUCUUCACCUUGAAUUUCCAGAUAAAGCACAUUUAAAGUUUGAUAAAAACAAAUUUAUAUAUAUAAAUUAUUUAGCCAUCAGAAUAAAAUUAUUUGGAAAUUAUGUUAAGAAAUUUAAAAAUGUGCAAUUAUUUUGAUGCCAAAUUGUACUAGUAAUGUUAAUUAUUCCAGUUUUGAUAUUGGUAGCAAAUAAGCUGAAAAAAUGUAAUGCCAGUUUAUAAAGAGCAGUAGUGGUGGAAUAGCCCAAAAGUCUGCCAAAUU